GGUCACUCUAUAUAUUUGUGCAUUUCUCGUUUUCUCUCGAACGUUUUAAUCUUCUCAAAAUGUCACUUAGAUCUGUCACCCCUAAACCCAAAACCCUUCACUCUUUCUUCAACUCUCUUCUCCGACCCACCAAACCCAACACUCCCUUCCACCCUUUCUCAUCUCUCACCCACCAAAACCCACCAUCUCCACAAUUACCUCACCUGGUUAACGAAAUCUCACGCAUUCUCAGCGACCACAGAAACCCUCACCACGACUUGGAGCUUUCCCUCAACUCUUGGUCCACCCAAAUAUCUCCAAACUUGGUUGAACAGGUUCUGAAACGCUGCAAAAAUCUUGGGUUCUCAGCCCACAGAUUCUUUCUCUGGGCAAAAACAAUUCCGGGUUUUCAACACAGUGAUGAAAGCCAUCACAUUUUGGUUGAUAUCUUGGGGAGUAGUGGUCAAUUUGCUCUGUUGUGGGAUUUUCUCAUUGAAAUGAGAGAGUCCAAGUGUUGUGAGAUUAGCCCAGAUUUAUUCUGGGUUAUUUUUAGAGUUUACAGUAGAGCUAAUUUGCCUCGUGAUGCAAUUCGAGCUUUUAAUAGAAUGGUUGAGUUUGGAGUCAAGCCUAGUGUGCAUGAUCUUGAUCAGCUUCUCUAUACAUUAUGUAAAAGAAAGCAUGUCAAGCAUGCCCAGGAGUUUUUUGAUAAAGUCAAGAGUGGGUUUGAGUUGGGUGCUAAAACUUAUAGCAUUUUGAUGAGGGGUUGGGGAGACAUUUGUGAUUCGGAUAAUGCACGCAAGCUGUUCGAUGAAAUGACUGAGAGAGGGUGUUUGGUUGAUGUGCCUGCAUAUAAUAGUUAUUUGGAGGCUUUGUGUAAAGGUGGGAAUGUGGAUGAGGCUUAUAAGAUAUUUCGGGCGAUGGGUUCAAAAGGAGUUGAGCCAGAUGCUGGUACAUACUCGAUUUUCAUUCGGGCAUAUUGCGAAGCGAAUGAUAUUCAUUCAGUUUUUAGUGUGCUUGAUAGGAUGAAGAGAUAUAAUCUUUUGCCUAAUGUGUAUUCUUACAAUUGUAUCAUCAAGAAGCUGUGUAAGAAUGAAAAGGUGGAAGAGGCGUAUGAACUUUUGGAUGAAAUGAUUGAAAUGGGAGUUAAGCCGGAUGAAUGGAGUUACAAUGCAAUCCAAGCUUAUCAUUGUGAUCAUUGUGAAGUUAAUCAGGCUCUUAGGUUGUUAUCUAGAAUGGAAAAGGAUAACUGCAUGCCAGAUCGACAUACUUACAAUAUGGUACUAAAGUUGCUGAUCAGGAUCGGAAGAUUUGAUAGGGCAACUGAAGUGUGGGAGAGUAUGGGGAAGAGAGGCUUUUAUCCUUCUGUUUCAACAUAUUCUGUCAUGAUUCAUGGUUUGUGCAAAAAGAAACACAAACUAGAGGAGGCAUGUAAAUACUUUGAGAUAAUGAUUGAUGAAGGUAUACCACCAUACUCUUCUACUGUGGAGAUGUUGAGAAACCGGCUUUUGGGUUUGGGGCUACUUGAUGACAUUGAAAUACUUGCUAGUAAGAUGGAGCAAAGCACUUCUUGCUCAAUACAAGAGUUCGCAAAAGUUCUGAGAGGGAACAAAGCUUCUGUAAGAUCGAGAAGUGAGUACACUGACAUUGAAAGUGACUGACAGGGUGCAACAAUCCAAGACUGGCGGGUCUGCUUGAAGCAGUUAAUUGAGUCUGAAGAGAGCUGUCUCGAUCACAAUAUAGAUAUAUUUCUCUUGCUUUUUAUUGUAGACAUGCUCAAUGUACAUUUUCAUAUAGACCAUCGUAUAUACCUUUGUUAUUGAGGAUUUUAUUCUGGAAUUCAUAAUCAGGUGGUGUGAAACCAGCACUUGAAGAAGCAAAUUAUGGGUACAGAUACCUCUGUUCGUAAGUAAUUAGUUACCAUUACUAGUUGUCUGCUGUGGGCAGUGCUGCUGUCAGUUUAUAGCUUAUGAUGGUUUUUUGAUUCCAUCACAAAGGCAUCGAUUGUUAUUGCUUAUCCAUGAUAUUUAGCUGCGUGGUUUUCCAUCUGUAAUUGUGUGUGAUUCUAAUUCCCUUGGACGGUGCUAAAAUUAGAUACUAGUGUUUUUAUUUUUGUUGUUGAACCACAUUACAUACUUUGCACGAUUACAUGGCUCAGGUCACUGCACUAAGACGCUGGAAAGUUCUGUCAUUAGCUUCCCGUUUCUGUUAGGUGUAUCAGAAGGUGUUAGUAACUUGCUCCUAUAUUGUGUGAAUUGAAUUUUUGGAGUUUUUACUUGUGGAAUAAGUUGUGGGAAAAGCUGAUUUCUAUUUACUAUGUUCAGACUGAAUACUUGCAGUAUCAUCUUGUCUAUUGCCGACGUAAAGGAUGAAUUGGGAGGGAUGCUAAACAUGAAUCUUGAGAUUGCCACUUAGAAUGUUAUAGGCAAUUUUGAAGGAGCACUGGUUGCUCAAUUUGUCUCUGAACUAAUGUAACACUUCAUGUGGAAUGGAAUUGAUGAUGAUAAGAAAAAUUUUCA